UAAUAAUUAUUGUAAUUUUAUAUGUUUAAUCAUGUAAUAAAUAAAAAUAAAAAAAUUAUCUUAUUUUCCCAUGUUUUAAAAUUUAUUAAUUUUUUAUUCUUAAGGAUUCCAUUCCUGGUAACACCAUUGAACAUACAAAUUUCAUUAGAAUCCUUAACUCUUAAAAAAAGAAUAGUAAAAUAUACUUAAGGAGAGAUGCUCUAAGAGCAAGCACAUCAGUGAACCUCUUCUGAACCUCUUCUUUUUUAUUAUUUUAAUGUUUUUAUUUUUCUGUUUUACUUAAAAAAAAAAAAAUUAAUAUCUGGACCAAUCGCGGGCCACCAUGUAUCGUGGGAUCCGCGCUAUAGUGCUUGAACCGAUUCACUGGAAGAGGCAGGUUCAUAAGUCACAAUUAUAAUAAUAUUUUUUUUAUAUAGGAAUGUGUGUGAACCCAUUGAAUGAUCCCUCAAUGGGGAUGCUCUAAUAGUUUUAAACUUUUACUUAGCGUAUCUUUUUUAUCUUUGACACAACAAAAGAAACUCAUGGUUUGGUCUCCUUCUUUUUGACCUUUUAAAAACCGAAAACAGAAACACAAUCUAACAUUUCAUUUCAAUCAUUCUUUUCGUUUUUGCUUCUUUCGUUCUCACAUCCUCCACAAUACAAAAACAGUGGAGAGAGAGAGAGAGAGGACACAGCAAUGGAAGGCUCAAGAAAAAGAAGUGAAAAGAAGAAAAAACAUCAGCUCGAGAGAGAAAACACCAAUACUCAAAAGAACAAGAAGCUACCCAGUGUUUGGUUUUCACUCAAGAAAUCUCUCCACUGUAAAUCUGAUCCCACCGACGUCCACGACCCGAGUUCCAGAAGCAAAGAGACAACCAAGAGAUCAACUUACCGGUCCGGUUGUUCAAGAUCCAUAGCAAAUCUCAAAGACGUAAUCCACGGAAGCAACCGACACUUAGAAAAGCCGACGACUUGCUCUAGCCCUCGUUCCAUCGGAAGCAGCGAGUUUCUCAAUCCCAUUACUCACGAGGUCAUCAUCAGCAACUCCACUUCCGAGCUCAAGAUCACCGCCGCCGCCGGCGACAAGGACUCCCCCGCCGGAGCAAGGGAGUUCGUGGGGACUCUGAGACCGGGAACGCCGGUGCAUUACUCCUCUUCACACAUAAACCAAGCGUCGAGAAAGGCCUCGUCGGAGAGAGACAGAGGAGGAGCAGCGUUUAAACAGAGCAGAAGAGACUCCGCCGUUGUCAACGGAGACGAUUCCUCUGUUUCUUGCCAUAAAUGCGGCGAGAAGUUUAGCAAUCUCGAAGCUGCAGAAGCUCACCAUCUCACCAAACACGCCGUGACAGAGCUCGUGGAAGGAGAUUCUUCAAGAAAGAUAGUGGAGAUGAUAUGCAGAACAAGCUGGUUAAAGACAGAGAACCAAUGCGGGAGAAUCGACCGGAUUCUAAAAGUGCACAACAUGCAAAAGACUCUAGCGAGAUUCGAGGAGUACAGAGACACCGUCAAGAACAGAGCGAGCAAGCUACAGAAGAAGCACCCGAGAUGUAUCGCCGACGGAAACGAGCUCCUCAGGUUCCACGGAACCACCGUCUCGUGCGUUCUAGGGGUAAACGGGUGCACGAGUCUUUGCUCGUCGGAGAAGUGCUGCGUUUGCCGGAUUAUAAGAAACGGGUUCUCGGUGAAACGGGAGAUGAACAACGGGAUAGGGGUUUUCACGGCGUCGACGAGCGGGAGGGCGUUUGAGUCGAUUGCGAUGGACGGUGGUGAUGGGACGACGGAGAGGAAGGCGUUGAUCGUGUGUCGGGUGAUCGCAGGGAGGGUUCAUAGGCCGGUGGAGAAUGUGGAGGAGAUGGGCGGGUUGAAUGGGUUUGAUUCUUUGGCGGGUAAAGUUGGUUUGUAUACUAACGUUGAGGAGCUUUAUUUGCUUAACUCUCGAGCUUUGCUUCCUUGUUUUGUGGUUAUCUGCAAGCCCUAAAUCAACAUUUCUUUUGGGGGGUUAAGUUGUGUGUGAUAUCAAUAGAGGUUGAAGAACGCAAAGUUGGAAUAUUGAGGUCACAUUAUGAUAGUAUUUAGCAUUAAGAACGUAUAAAACUGUAAUUGUGUUUGCGUAAAACCUAUAACAACAAAAGUUCAUUUGAAACUUUUUGUUACUAUUGUUCGAGCAAGUGGAGUAUACGAGAAUAAAAUAGACUAAUAAGUUUGAAGAAGUUACAUCACGUCUUGGAAAGCCGAAGUUACAUCACCUGAAGAGUCGAAGCUGAAGUUACAUCACGUGAAGAGUGGAUAAAGUUACAUCAAUAGUCUUUAGAAGUCAUAGUUUAGUGGAGUAUUAUGUUUCCUUAACUUAUGCAAGUAGAAUUUGUGUUCCAAAAAAAAAAAAACUUAUGCAAGUAGAAUAGUUUUUUGUUAUCUUCAAAGCUAUAUAAAACAACCAUCAUAUCUUAAUGUAA